AGUCUCACCAAUCCAUUUAUAUAUAAAUACACACGAGAGUGUGUGUUGUUUACUACACAAUAUUUUCUUUGUUCCAUCAACUGACUAUAACAACAAAAAAUAUCGAAAAGCUCCAAUGGAGUUUGUGACUUCGAAAGAAGAGGAGAUAUGUUUGAAAGAGGAGCAAGUGUCGAAGCAGCUACACCUGAAAUCGUCUGAAACGCAAACGCAAACGCAAACGCAGACGCUGAACAGAAAAGCCGUUCUUAACCGCAUCCGCAACCACAAAUGUAUUCACAAAAUCAAGAGUCUUCUCCACACCACCGCCGCUAAUAACGGAGCCACCGUCGACGCUGAUCAUCACUGGAUUGAUGGUGGCGAUGUCUUCUCUUGUCCGUGAAUUUUGCCACGUGUCAUACACGUGUGUUGUUUAUGUUACUCUCUUUGUUUAUUCCUGUAAUCGAAAUUAGUAUCCAAAAAUACAACUUGUGUAAUUCCUAGUGAGUAGAGGAGUGAUCAUCAUAUAUAAUUAAUUUGUAGAUUUCGAUAUUCACGAUAAAUUGAUGAUCACCACCGUUGAUCUUUAGCGAUUUAA